GGCUCCGUCUCACGUGAUGCGCUUCCGGUGUUACAAGAUGGCGGUGCCCACCACUGACAAUCCGUCCCUCCAGCCCAGCGGCCGAUAUUGCCUUAUCAGUUGCGUUCCGGCCCAGCUUCGCUCCACCGAUCUCCGUUUCUACUUCAGCCAGUUCAUCGAGGCCGGUGGCUUCCUCUGCUUCCAUUACCGCCAUCGCCCUGAACGUAUAGAGGGUCCCAGCGCUCCUUCCCGGCCAGGCCCGACCUGCUGCUGCCUGGUGGCGGUGAAGCCCGGCUGGUCUCGCCGCUUGGUCCGUAUGUACUCGGGAAAGCGCUGGAUCGACGCGCAAGGAGAGACGUUGCCCGGCCGGUGCCUUAUACGAAGGGUUCGGGUUUCCUUUGACAAAGAUGCUGAAACGCUCUCCUAUAAGACUAAAAAGGAGCUCCGCACAUCCUCAAAUGAAACUUUCACUGAGGAUGAUUUAAAACGGCUUCCUGAACUAAACCCACCAUCUUUCAUGCCCUGUGGGAAUGUGGGAACUCCUUUGAGUGUCUUUUUAGAUCUCAUUAAAGCCUGCAGAAUGCCUUCUCGUGCUAUCAAGAAGCUGCGUUUGCAGUUUCCCAGAACUGGCUCUUCUCGCAGGUAUGGAAAUGUACCAUUUUCAUAUGAAGAAACCAAGACUAUUGUAGAAGAGGAACGAGUUUACACAGCUUCAGGAGAGGAGAUAACAGAAGGGGGAGACCUAUCAAGAGUGAGCACGGCCAAUCAAGGCAAUGGCAUGGCAGAGAGAUACUUGAAUGAUCCAGAGAGUGAAGCAGAAGCUCAGUUGGAUGAUGAUGACGAUGACAGAUGCGAAGAGUGGGAGCGGCACGAGGCUUUGCAUGAGGAUGUCACCAGCCAGGAACGCACAAAGGAACGUUUGUUUGAGGAGGAGAUUGAACUGAAGUGGGAGAAGGGGGGCUCUGGGUUGGUCUUCUACACAGAUGCGCAGUACUGGCAAGAAGAAGAGGAAGGAGAUUUUGAUGAGCAGACAGCGGACGACUGGGACGUGGACAUGAGCAUCUACUAUGAUAAAGAUGGUGGUGACAAGGAUGCUCGGGAUUUGGUCCAGAUGCGGUUUGAGCAGAGACUCCGGGAUGGUUUGGAAGAUGGGUCUGUUCUGAGCCAACAAAUUGGAAACUUUGAAAAAUACACCAAGGGUAUCGGCAGGAAGGUGAUGGAGAGGCAAGGCUGGACUGAGGGUCUUGGGCUGGGAAGCAGCAACUCAGGGAUGACUGAAGCACUAGACAACGAAGGCCAGAAUCCCAAAUGCAAGAGAGGCUUGGGGUACCAUGGUGAGAAGCUCCAGACUUUCACCAAGCCCAAGAAGCCUCGUGGGGACAACAGCAUCCUCAUCUCCACCAUCUAUGAUGACCCAUAUCCUGUGGAUGCAGAAGAGCAGCUGCUCCGGCGCCAGCUACCAAUCAGUAUGAAGCAUCGCCAAGAUGUGGCAUUUGGCCAUGCCAUGCAUGGUGUUCAUCACAAUUCCAGUUCCUCAUGAAGGGGCUGCUAGCCAGGAAUGGCUUUCGGACUAUGUUGCAGCAAUGUUUGCUUUUGCAAAUAAAAUUUUUUUAAUUAACAAAAGUUGCCAAAUAAAAGGCAAAAUGUUUAGUAUU